AUGUGGUUAGCAACUUUGUUACUUAUCCUUGCCGCAUUUCAAUUUUACACCUUUUUUAAUGUUAUCAAAUGUUGCUUGUAUUUACAGGAAUAUCAAAAAGAACGAUUACGGCGAAUUGGACAAUUUGAGGAAUGCAGCAAAAGAGUGCGAGAUGCAAAGAAAAACGGUCUUUGGCGAUAUACAAGUUGGGGUGGUGGCUUCCAGCAGUAUGUCGGUGAACACGACAGUAAUAAUCAUAAGUUGAAAAAACGCAAUAAGCCGCCCGGACAUGUUCAAUGGAAUUUGCAAGCAAAUAUUGAAUUGGCUGAGUCAAAAAAUACACCGAAUCCUAUGGAAACAACGAAGCAAUUAAAAAAGAUAAAAGAUGAUAAAAAAGUUCGAAAUAUUAGUGUAGGCUCAAAUUAUCACGAUGAAGACAAGCGUAGAACCACUGGUCUUGUGUUAUCUCCGAUAAACAAGGAAAGAGUUGACAAACAACUCCUGACAGCUGUACCGAUGCAACCGGUAAAGCCUAACGUUAGAACCAUUUCUGGAAUAAUGAAAGCUGCUACUUCUGCCACAAUUACUGUUCCAACCAAAGGGAAAGAAUCUCCCGGUGAUGCUAUCCCUGUAUUGCUUAAUCCUGUCGAACAAUAUAAAAACACAGAAAAAAAGUACGCUUAA